AGAAUCUAACAACAACUUAAAGUUAUGGGUGUCCGAAAAAUAUAGACAGUAUUUGGCUGAAUAGGCUUAUGUAAUGAAUAUUUAAAAAUAAUAAGUUUCCAUGUUUUGUGUGGACAAAUAGAUUGAUUGCGGAAUCAUGCUCAACGAGCUUGUUUUCUGGGGUAACAUUUGAUGCGAACACUGUUUCAUACAGGCUGAUGCAAGUGGAAUGAGUGAGCUGUCAACUGUGCACUUUUACACGUGAAGAAAUGACUGACUGUCAAGGCAACGGAGAAGGAUCCAAUAGUCCAAUGGAGCUGUAUGAGAAACUGAACGCACAGGGAGACAUAGUCAGGUCCUUGAAGACGGCAAAAGCGGAAAAAACUGAAAUUGAUGCUGCCGUCCAGCUGCUGCUGAAGCUAAAAACUGACUACAAACAGGUGACAGGUCAGGAUUAUAAAGCUGGAUGUCCGCCAUCAGAAAACGUAGUCGCCAGCGACAACGGGCCAGCUUUAGACGGUGCCGAUGGAGAGGACACAGUGGACCCCUGGAAUGUCGCCACCACCAACGCCAAAGGAGUAGACUACGACAAACUUAUAGUGAGAUUUGGCAGCAGCAAAAUUGACAAGGAGCUGGUAGACAGAGUAGAAAAAGUCUCGGGACAGAAACCUCAUCGUUUCCUGCGGAGAGGAAUCUUCUUCUCACACAGAGACAUGCAUCAGGUACUGGACGCAUAUGAGAAGCACAAGUCUUUCUACCUUUACACGGGCAGGGGACCAUCAUCAGAAGCCAUGCACGUCGGUCACCUCAUCCCUUUCAUCUUUACCAAAUGGCUUCAAGAUGUGUUUGAUAUCCCUUUGGUCAUCCAGUUGACUGAUGAUGAAAAGUACCUGUGGAAGGAUCUUACACUAGAAGAAUGCCACCGCUUUGCAGUGGAAAACGCCAAGGACAUCAUCGCCUGCGGCUUUGACGUUAACAAGACCUUUAUCUUCUCUGACCUCGAUUACAUGGGUGCGUCCCCUGAAUUCUACAGGAACGUGGUAAAGAUCCAGAAGCACGUUACAUUUAAUCAGGUUAAAGGCAUCUUUGGCUUUACAGACAGUGACUGCAUAGGUAAAAUCAGCUUCCCCGCCAUCCAGGCAGCCCCAUCCUUCAGUAAUUCUUUCCCACAGAUUUUUGGUGGAAGAAAAGACGUGCAGUGUCUCAUCCCGUGUGCCAUAGACCAGGACCCCUAUUUCAGAAUGACACGCGACGUGGCUCCACGGAUUGGUUAUCCCAAACCAGCGCUGUUGCACUCCACCUUCUUCCCCGCCCUGCAGGGGGCGCAGACCAAGAUGAGCGCCAGUGACGCCAACUCCUCCAUCUUCCUGACCGACACGCCCAAACAGAUUAAGAACAAGGUCAACAAACACGCAUUUUCGGGUGGAAAAGACACAGUGGAGGAGCACCGGAAGCACGGCGGCAACCCAGACGUUGAUGUCUCAUUCAUGUAUCUGACCUUCUUCCUUGAGGAUGACGAGCAGUUGGAGAAAAUCAGACAGGACUACGCGAGUGGAGCCCUCCUAACAGGAGAACUGAAGAAGAUUUUGAUUGAGACUCUGCAGCCCAUGAUUGCACAACAUCAAGAGAGGCGCAAACUAGUCACAGAAGAGAUGGUGCAGCAGUUCAUGACACCCAGACCGUUGAAUUUUAAAUUGUAGCUCUCGUGAGGAUCAGAAGUCCCGGCUCAUCAUGUCUAGCUUUUCCAUUACAAAGUCCUUGUAGGUAGGAAUGGGUGGAGUCACUGGAAGGAUCACCCGAUUCUCUGUGUGAAGCUAAAUUAAAGCAUAGCGUCACCAUGCCUUCAUGCUAACUGUUGACUUCACUCCGCAUGUACACAUUUUUUUUAUAUCUAGUUUGAGAUCUUUCAGUCUUGUAAGACCAUUAAAAUGGUGUACAGAAAUGUAUUCAAAGCAGUCUGCCAUGCAAGUUUUUUCUGCUUUUAAAGAUUGGUGGUGUGAUGAUAUUCUGUAUCCCUUACAGGUGUAAGAGAUACAAGCAGGUGUUACUGUGAUCAGCAAAAUUAACUAAUAUGUAUCAAAAAGUGAGUUGAAAAAAGGUAAAAGUUUGAUUUAACUAAUAACGAUACAAACUGCUACAUCAUGUUAAUGAUUAAUAAUCACAAUGUGAACGGUUGUUCGAAUGGUAAAAACGAAAGCAUGACUUGGGCUUUCAUGAAAAUAAUGCUCCGAAUUGUUCUAUCUAUUGUUACGCUAGAGCACUUACAAUGGUAUGCAGCAAAAAAAAAAAAAAAGAUAAGUGCUCUUUAUAAAGUCUUAAUA